ACGAAACGGGCCCCAAGAAGUUUAUUUAAUGCCCAGGGGCCCCCAAGUGGUCACUGCCAGGCUCUAGCAUCCUGUCCAGCAGGCCUUUCUCCUCCUUUCAACUCUUGCUGGGCGACUCCUGAAAAGCAAAAGUAGGAAAAAAACUGGGGGCUGAGAGUGGAGGGCUGGACAGAGGGUAUGUCUCCUGCUCUGGCACCCGGAAGCCUGCGAGGGCUUCGGAAGCUCAGCGUCUCACGGUCGCGCAUCCCGGCCCUGGACGCAUCCAGCGGCAGCGGUAAUCUUGGUCCUCCUGGGCUUCCGUAGGUCGGAAUAAACUUGGAAACUUUUCGACCGGGAAAGCUCAGUGUUUUAAAAUUCAAAUCACACUUGUCGACAUGAGAGCUGAACCCUUGAGGCCGACUCCACCCUAGCUGUUCGCUAACUAAACAGCGAAGAGAACACAGUCUCCAAUCCAAACGCCAGGAGGCCCAGACCUGGAGCCGACGCCGGAAGCGCUGUCUGACAUCACUUCCGUCGCAUUUCGGGGCGGUACCAAGAUGGGCUCUUCGCGGGCCCGGCAGCAGCUUCGGCGGCGAUUCCUCCUCUUGCCGGACACCGAAGCCCAGCUGGACCGCGAGGGUGACGCCGGGCCGGAAACCUCCACAGCCGUUGAGAAAAAGGAGAAACCUCUUCCAAGACUUAAUAUCCAUUCUGGAUUCUGGAUUUUGGCAUCCAUUGUUGUGACCUAUUAUGUUGACUUCUUUAAAACCCUUAAAGAAAACUUCCACACUAGCAGCUGGUUUCUCUGUGGCAGUGCCUUGUUGCUUGUCAGUUUAUCAAUUGCAUUUUACUGCAUAGUCUACCUGGAAUGGUAUUGUGGAAUUGGAGAAUAUGAUGUCAAGUAUCCAGCCUUGAUACCCAUUACCACUGCCUCCUUUAUUGCAGCAGGAAUUUGCUUCAACAUCGCUUUAUGGCAUGUGUGGUCGUUUUUCACUCCAUUGUUGUUGUUUACCCAGUUUAUGGGGGUUGUAAUGUUUAUCACACUCCUUGGAUGAUUUCCGAAGAUCACCCCAUCCUGAGAUCUGCUGCCUUACACAGUGGAGGCUGUUUUCUGAGUGUCGGAUAACUCUGUUAUUAAAUAAGUGUGUAUUGAGAAUACUCACUCCAGAUGCUUAGGGGCAUAGUGAGAAGGACAAAGAUAGUGCCUCCUGUCAGGUCACUUACAUCAGAACUUGCAGGAAACCUGCUUUAUACAGCAGUUGACAGGUGUGGAAACUGAAGCUCAUGGAAAUAAAAGUUCAUACACUAAAUUUUCAAGGAGUUAAUGAAAACUGACAUUUCUGCUAAAAACAGCAUGUUCUCCCUGUGGGAUAUUAAAGGAAGGUCAGUGGUAACUGUAUAAAGAAGAAAUGGACAUAGUCUCCUUGUUAGCAGUCUGAAAAUAGUUGCUAGCACCUCCAUACCCACGCCAAUGUCUCCAGCCUUCUUCAGGCACCUUGCUGUGUCUUGGGACCACUGGGAGCCCUCACAGGAGGCCCUUCAUUCGUGUACACGUGUGGUGCCACAAGUGGCUCUGGGCCUGGAGGAAUCCUACACAUCUCAGAACACUUCCUCACCUGACCCUGUCACCCAUCUCCCCUUCUCAUGUUCUCAGCCCCUUCUUUGACUCUCGAAUUUUGAGUUUUUACAGAUGUUUGGGAGCUCUUACUCUGACAUGAAGUUAUAAUUGGUAAUGGAGACUCAGACAAUGUUGUAGAUCACAGAGUGAACUAUGCUUUUUAGUGUUAAAUGCAAUAGCUUGAGAUAGAAUGUUUUACUUGGUACAUAAAUGCUGGUUUUCUUUCAGAUUUAAGGACAUAUACUUUUUUUUAUUUUUAUUUUUUUUUAAGAGACAGGGUCUUCUAUGUUGCCCAGGCUGGCUUUGAACUCCUGGGAUCAAGUGAUCCUCCUGCCUCAGCCUUCGAAGUAGUUGGGACUACAGGCCCACGCCACCGUGCCUGGCUGGACACAUCAAUUUGAAGUGAAUGGUUAAACAUCCAGCUAGCUGAAAGCAUGGCAGACCCUAACAGAAAAGUUACAGUGUGUUUUUGCAACUAUGAAAUGAAUGGUUUCCUGGGAAAAAUUGUGACUUUGUAUAACUAUUGUUGAAACCAGAGUAACUUAUAUUUCACUUGCUAUUCUUAAAUUAUUAAAAUUUUCAGAAGUCAGUGAUACAGACAUACUAUUUUGCAAUGCUAAUCUGUUUGAGUCUUUGGAGAAAGUGGUUUCAUUAUAGGUGCAUAAUGCACUCUUAAUAUUUUAAACAAAUAGUUCACUCUUCCAUUUAAGGGAUAGCAGUUCCUUGUAUAAAAUGACUGGAUGUGUAUAAAGGAAUUAUGUUGUCAUGUGCCUUUAACCAGCUUUAGUAAUUACUAUAAUCUCAUAUUUAUGAUAGUUUUGUUAGGUGACAGGACCAAAUGAAAAUAUUUUAUGUUUUCUCAUCACUUUAGAUUUUAUCAUUGUGUAAAUUACUGGGUUUUUAGCAUUUCCUAAUAUGAAGUUUUAAUCAUUUUUAAGUAUACAUAUUUUUUUCUGUAUCAUUUAAAUAAAAUAUUUUUAUAACUUG